AUGAGGAAAUUCUGUUUCUUUUUUUUCUUUUUUUUUUUCUUUUUUCUUUUAAGGUGGUUCGGUUAUUUAUUAUUUAUGAUUCUGAUUGAUCUAUCUAUCUAUCUAUCUAUCUAUCUAUCUAUCUAUCUAUCUAUCUAUCUAUCUAUCCCAGUCUCUUAUCUAUCUAUCUAUCUAUCUAUCUAUCUAUCUAUCUAUCUAUCUAUCUAUCCCAGUCUCUUAUCUAUCUAUCUAUCUAUCUAUCUAUCUAUCUAUCUAUCUAUCUAUCUAUCUAAGAGAGAGAAAGUUUUCAACCUUUCUUUCUCUGCUUUCUUUUGUAUCAAACAUCUUCAAACAUUCUUUUCUUUUCAUAAACACCUUUCUUUUUUUGCUUUCUUUUUAUCAAACACCUUCAAACAUUCUUUUUCCAACCUUUUUGUCAACCUUUUUCUGCUUUCUUUUGUAUCAAACACCUUCAAACAUUCUUUUUCCUUUUACAUAACACUUUGUCAACCUUUCUUUCUCUGCUUUCUUUUUAUCAAACACCUUCAAACAUUCUUUUUCCUUUUACAUAACACUUUGUCAACCUUUCUUUCUCUGCUUUCUUUUGUAUCAAACACCUUCAAACAUUCUUUUUCAUUUUACAUAACACUUUGUCAACCUUUCUUUCUCUGCUUUCUUUUUUUGGAUAACACGUUUUCGAAAUUUCUUUCUCUUCUGUCAAACAUUUUGAAAAUGUCUUUCUCGUCUUGCAUAACACGUUUUCAAUCUUUCUAUCUUUUCUUUCUGUCUUUUGUGCCUAACUUUUUCAAACGUUCUUUCUCAUUUUCCCUAACAAGUUUCCUUUUUUCUUCAUUUCUCCCAUUUUACGUAUUGCUGCCCCCCCUCUCUCUCUAUUUCUUUCUAUAUAUCUCAUGCAAUUAA